UCACAUUCAACAAGCAAAUAUCAUUAUUGUUUCCAAAUCAAACCAAAACACACAUCCACCCUAUCUACCUUUUUUCACAUUAACCUCCACCAUCAUCAUCACCCAAAUUCAGACAAAACACAUCUCUUCACAUCUCACAAAAGAUUAUGAAAAAGCUCAAAACCACCCUUUUCUUAUCCUUCUUCUUCUUCGUCUUCAUCUUUAAACAUUCUUUUUGUUUAGAUCCAUGGUUUGAACUAUGUGUCCCUAAAGAUUGUGGAGAUGGAGUCAACAUCACCUAUCCAUUUUUCAUACAUGAAUUACAAAACUCCUCUUGUGGAUACCCUGGAUUCCACCUCACUUGCCGCAACAAGUCCCCGAUGCUUCGGCUAUCCGGAAACGACUUCAAAGUUAAACAUAUGGACCCAAAAACGCACUCGAUCCGACUCCAAAACACCGGGGUUUCGUCAUCCUGUCCCUCAAGUAUAAUCCGGAGUCUAACUCUUGAUCCUAACCGGUUCGUGAUUAACAAAACUACCACUAAUUUGCUGAUAACGCGUUGUGAAAAUAGGACACUUGGUAGGGAUUUGGACAAGUAUAGGAUCCGGUCUUGUCAGAAUAGUACGGAGUUUGUUAUGGUUGAAAAUGAUGAGAAUAUGAAACGCGUGAGGGAUGGUUGUGGCGGCGGUGGUGACGUUGUUGAGAUGCCGGUGGAGUUGGGUGGCGGAGACGCGGAGGUUGACGGUGGGAAUUAUAAGGAGGUGGCGGAAAGAGGGUUUGUGAUGACGUGGCUGGCGGCGAAUUGUAGUGUUUGUGAGGAAAGUGGUGGGCGGUGUGGGUAUAAUGCGACGGCUUUCGAGUUUCGUUGUUUUUGCGCCGACAGACCACGAAGAAUCAGUUGCAAUCCUGAAAAAACAAAGCCUACAACGAUAAUCAUCUUAGUUGUGGUAGGAUGCGCGAUCAUCUUUGCACUGGCUACCGGCAUUUUCCUUAUACAUCGUGCCUACAAACGCAAAGCUCUUAUGUGUACGGAUAAAUCACGAGAACUUGAAGAUGCUAGUGUCUACUUCGGUGUGUCGGUUUUCUCCUAUGCCGAACUUCAGGACGCCACCAAUCAUUUCGAUUCUUCCAAAGAAUUAGGCGAUGGGGGUUUCGGGACUGUUUAUUAUGGUAAACUCCGUGACGGUCGGGAAGUCGCAGUGAAACGGCUUUAUGAGCACAACUACAAACGAGUCCAACAAUUCAUGAACGAGGUCGAAAUCCUCACUCGGUUACGCCAUAAAAAUCUUGUGUCGCUUUACGGUUGCACCUCCCGCCGUAGCCGUGAGCUCCUCUUGGUCUAUGAGUACAUCCCUAAUGGCACGGUGGCGGACCACCUCCAUGGUGACCUUGCAAAACAGAGCCCGCUUACGUGGCCAAUCCGUAUGAAAAUAGCCAUUGAAACCGCCAGCGCGCUAGUAUACCUUCACGCCUCCGAAAUCAUACACCGAGAUGUGAAAACUAACAAUAUUCUUCUCGAUACCGAUUAUUGUGUCAAAGUAGCGGAUUUUGGGUUAUCGAGGUUAUUACCGAAUGACGUGACUCAUGUCUCGACCGCACCUCAAGGUACCCCGGGUUAUGUGGACCCAGAAUAUUAUCAGUGUUUCCAGUUGACAGAUAAAAGUGAUGUGUACAGUUUUGGAGUAGUUUUAAUCGAGUUGAUCUCAUCAAUGCCCGCUCUCGACAUUAGCAGAUCCCGCGAUGAGAUUGUUCUAGCUAACAUGGCUAUAAACAGGAUACAAAGAUGUGCUCUUGAUGAGCUCAUCGACCCGUUUCUAGCAUCCGACCCGGAUACCGAGAAGAUGACAACAUUGGUAGCUGAAUUGGCAUUUCGUUGUUUGCAAUUCGAUUCCGAGACGAGGCCUACAAUGGUUGAGGUUUUAGAGGCUUUAAAGGGGAUUCGAGUGGAGGAAAGUGGUGAUGAUGUAGGAAAUGUGACCGUUAAAAAGUCCGAAGUGCCGCCACCUUCGCCAGAAAAUGAAGGUGUAGGGUUGUUAAAAGGACCGAUUAUGGCGUCGCCAGUCACUGUGACGGCUAAAUGGCAUAGCACUAGUAGCGAAUCGAUCACACCAAACGCCGGUUGAGUAAUUGAACGAUAAUAUUGAAAUGUAAAUAAUCAACGUGUAUCAAUUUUUAUAGACAAAAAUACACAUGCUAGAGAAAAUCUCAAGAGGUCUUUGUAGCAAUUUUGUACCCUUUUCCUCAUUUCAUGUUAUUGAUGAAAUUAUUGAUGAAAUAAUAUUAAUGUCUCCUUUAGUCCUUUA